AUGCCAGGGAACCCGAAUGCCUACCACGAGUCGGCAGAGCGAGCUCAACCACAACAAAGCCUGAGGGGAACGGUCGCUACCAUGUCGAAAGCAUCGCCUUGUCUUGUCAAACUUACGACUUUUCUCUCCGAUUCAUCGAACUCGAUGGUAGGAGUAGCUCUUUCCCGAGAUUUCGUCAAGAAUCGACCGAGAGGCCGACGGGUCAUUAUUCACAAACGUCAACCAUGGUCGACGGUGAUCGAAUCCUCCGACCCACCCGAUGCAAUACGGAAUACAAUAUUAGAUGCGGGACGGCAGGAGACGGAUGGACUGCACCGGAGUGUCGGCGUCUACAAGUAUGGGGAACUCGUUUGGUUCCAGGCUCGUUCUGAAGCGCACCGCAAGUACGUAAGGAAUGAUGGAACAGAGCGAUUGGAUUGGGGAGACGGCCCAGCAGCAGACGUGCCAGCCUGCCUGCCAGUCGAGGUCCACCGAGCGGGUCGAACGCGGGCUGACUUUUCCAGUCCUCUUGACGAGGUUCCCGGCCGGCAAGCUCCUGGUGGCUCCGCUGGGCCACUUCCGUCUACGUGA